GCAGCAUCAUACGUGUAUUUUUCCGGUCCUUGUCCUUUCUAUUCUUUAGCUUCUGUUCGGUGGCGAGCUAUAGCGCACGGUUCUUAGUAAAGUGCCGGCACAAAAAUGAUGGGAUCACUUAAAAUCGUGUUAUUCUUAGGUGUAAUAUAUUUGUGUAGGGCCGCCGAAGAGGACGUGCUAGAUCUUACAGAUUCAGACUUUUCAUCUGUACUAUCUCAACAUGAUACGGCGCUGGUCAUGUUUUACGCUCCAUGGUGCGGGCAUUGUAAAAGACUGAAGCCGGAGUUCGCGAUGGCGGCCGGCGUGCUGAAGGGCGACGACCCUCAGGUGACGCUGGUGAAGGUGGACUGCACGGAGGGCGGCAAGGCUACCUGCGAGCAGUUCUCAGUCUCCGGAUACCCGACCCUGAAGAUCUUCCGUAAAGGAGAACUGUCUCAGGACUACAAUGGACCUAGGGAGUCAAAUGGCAUCGUCAAAUACAUGCGCGCCCAAGUCGGCCCCAGCUCCAAGGACCUCCUCACCGUGGCCGACUACGAGAACUUCCUCAAGAAGGAUGAGGUCACAGUCAUCGGUUUCUUCGAAAAGGAGAGUGACUUGAAGGGAGAGUUUGUGAAGACUGCUGAUAAGAUGAGGGAGGAGGUUACGUUUGCGCACUCCAGCGCUAAGGAGGUCUUGGACAAGUCUGGUUACAAAGACAACGUAGUCCUGUACCGUCCUAAGCGUCUGCAGAACAAGUUUGAGGAGUCCUCCGUGGUCUACUCCGGCGAUGAUGCUGCUCCUUCUCUCAAGGCCUUCAUCAAGGACAACUACCAUGGCCUGGUCGGAGUGCGCCAAAAGGAUAACAUCGCCGAUUUCUCCAACCCCCUGGUGGUCGCGUACUACGACGUGGACUACAUCAAGAACGCUAAGGGCACCAACUACUGGAGGAACCGUGUACUCAAGGUCGCCAAAGAGCUCCCCGAAGUGACCUUCGCCAUUAGCAGCAAAGAUGAGUUCACCCACGAGCUGAACGAGUACGGCAUCGACUUCGCCAAGGGAGACAAGCCUGUCGUCGCCGGCAGAGACGCCGACGGCAACAAGUACAUCAUGUCCGCUGAAUUCAGCAUCGAGAACCUUCUCCAAUUCACCAAGGACCUUCUCGCCGGCAAACUAGAGCCCUUCAUCAAGUCCGAAGCCGUCCCUGAGCCCAACGACGGCCCCGUCAAGGUCGCCGUCGGCAAGAACUUCAAGAGCUUAGUCACGGAUAGCGGCCGUGACGCGCUCGUCGAGUUCUACGCGCCUUGGUGUGGUCAUUGCCAGAAGCUUACCCCAGUGUGGGAGGAGCUGGGAGAGAAGUUGAAGGGAGAAGACGUUGACAUCGUCAAGAUCGAUGCGACGGCCAACGACUGGCCCAAAUCCUUGUACGACGUGUCAGGAUUCCCCACCAUCUACUGGAAGUCCGCCGACGGCAAGAAACCCGUCAGAUAUAAUGGCGGACGUGCCCUCGACGACUUCAUCAAGUACAUCGCGGAGCAGGCCUCCAGCGAACUCAAGGGCUUCGACAGGAAGGGCAGCGAGAAGAAGCGGGACGAGCUGUAAUCCCAGCAAACAGAUCUGAAGGUACCACUGGUCGCUACUUGUCUCUGUCGCACUGCACUGGAAGAAUGAGAUGGAUAUACGUUUGAAAGCUUCGGCCUACUUUUCUAUUUUGAAGCGCUUUUCUACUCUUUAUAGGUAGUCGGAGUGAAUGACCUUGCGCCGUAAACUCUUAAGUUAGAGUGAGACAGACGUAAAACUUAGGAUGGAUUGUAAGUAGCGACCAGUUGUGCAAUCCUUGUGUGCGAGUGUGUGUCUCAAUCUAAGUGGGAAAAUAUAUAUAAUCUGUAGGCAAGUUACACUGGUAACACUUUGAUAGUACACAACUACACUGAUCCGUUAUUUUUUAAUUCAAGCCUAAGCUAACGUUUCGAGUGUUGCCAGCAUUUAAAUAGAAAUAGUGCCAAUGUGACCGAUUAAUAUAUGGGGCAUGCGCUUGCAUCGACAGCCGUCAAACCAAAUUGUCAGUAAAUAAGAACAAAAAAAAGUUUACAAAUCCUUUUCUUUUGGGUACUAGUACUAGUGUAAGAUAGUAUGAUUCUCUUUGUCUAUGAUUGAAAUGUGACAGUCCUUUGACAAACUAUAGCACUGAAAUGAACAAUGCGAAACGUCGGUAAAUAAAGGUAACAAAAUAAAUUCGCGAUAGACCCGUUUCUAAAUGUGAUUUAAUAAAUGUGAAAGGAGUCCGAAUAAGUGUAGUGGAUGAAGAUGAUAGACCCAAGAAGACACAUUCAAAUGCUUGUACUUUGAAAGCGUCAGAAGCAAGUAUACUUACGAACGGCACAUCAGUCGUGGCCAUUUACUGUAACAGCUUUCAAACUUUGAACAUAAUUAUUGAAAACUGCCCCAAUUUGGAAAGUCUAAUGUUGAUCGACAUGUUGCAAGACUACUCCGAUUCGAAAGGAUUAUGCCAAUAGAAACUGAAUAAUGACGUCAACCGUCUUCUCGUUAGUCAGUACUGACGAUAGCGGAAUGGCUCGAGCCGCCCCGGUUCCCGGUGCGCGUGCGCGUGCGCCGCCCCGGUCCCCGGUCCCCGGAGCGCGUGCGCGUGCGCCGCAGACGCGUCAGGCUGUCGAGUCUCGAUGCGAGCGCAUGCCCCAUAAAUAAUUAGUGUUGCAUGGUACAUUCAAAGUUUAUUUGUACUUUGAAUACAUGCUCGUAGUUGUUUAUUUUUACGCUGGCAACAUUACGUGAAGCGUUAUAUUUAUGACUCGAUAAAAAAUGGCGGAUUUUGUAAAAAGUAAAAACACCUCGUCGAUCUAGUUUUAAAUAGCUUAUAAAUAAUUUAUAGUAUUGUAUUGAAACUGAUAGGCACAAGUCUAAAAAUGUUUUUUUAUAAAACUUUUUGUAAAUGUAACACUGAAAUUGGUUAUUAGCUAGCUUCAUCGUCAUCGGGCAUUAACAAAAUAUUUUUUUGUUACGAGUAUAUCUUAAAUUAAUAUUUACACGCCUAGUGGUCUCAAUCACCAGUAUUUGUUUCUCAUGUUAAGAGGCCGGUGUCGAUUUUAGUCGCAAAAAUAUAAAAUUGAUAGAUUUAGUCGGUGAAAUUGUACACCUUUUAUUACCAAAUUGAAAUAGCAAGUACUGGUUUCUAUUAGCACGUCUUCUUAUCUUGCCUUUUAUUAGAUCAAUUCUUUGAAAA